GUCCACUGACAGAUGAUAGUAUGUGUUAUUUCUCACAGGGCUUCCAAAGCAGCUGAGUCCAGGACCUUAAGGAAUGUCACACAGUAGUUGCUGAACUAACUGGAACUGAAAGGAACAGAAAAAGAUGGCAGUCCGUAUUUGAAAUAAACACGUGGACUCUCACUGAUAAGAAACCAUGUCAAAAAAAGGACGGAGCAAGGGCGAAAAGCCUGAGGCACUGAUUGUUGCCCUACAGGCUGCCAAUGAGGAACUCAGGACUAAGCUAACAGACAUUCAAAUUGAGCUGCAUCAGGAGAAAUCUAAGGUUGCUAAACUCGAAAGAGAGAAGACUCAAGAAACGAAGCGUAUCCGCGAAGUGGAGCAACGCAAGCAGACUGUGCAGAUCACAGAGCUAAAAGCCAAACUCCAUGAGGAGAAAAUGAAGGAGCUGCAGGCUGUGAGGGAGAACCUCAUCAAACAGCACGAGCAGGAGAUGACGAGGAUGGUGAAAGUCCGAGACAGUGAAAUCCAGCGCCUCAAGUCAGCACUGUGCGCACUGCGGGAUGGGAGCAGUGAUAAAGUACGGACAGCGCUGACUAUUGAGGCUCGUGAGGAGGCCAGAAAACAGUUUGACUCUGAGCGCCUUAAGCUUCUGCAGGAAAUUACUGAACUGAAGUCUGCCAAAAAGCAGGUAGAUGAGGCCCUUAACAAUAUGAUCCAGGCCGAUAAGAUCAAGGCAGGUGAUCUUCGGAGUGAGCAUCAAUCCCACCAGGAAGCCAUUUCCAAGAUCAAAUGGGAGAGUGAAAGGGAUAUUCGACGCCUGAUGGAUGAGAUCAAGGCUAAAGACAGGAUCAUAUUUUCAUUGGAAAAAGAACUGGAGACACAGACAGGCUAUGUGCAGAAGCUGCAGCUGCAAAAGGAAGCUCUGGAUGAACAACUCUUUUUGGUGAAGGAGGCAGAAUGUAACAUGAGCAGUCCCAAGAGAGAGAUCCCAGGAAGGGCUGGAGAUGGUUCGGAGCACUGCAGCAGCCCUGACUUGCGCAGAAACCAGAAGAGGAUAGCAGAGCUGAAUGCCACGAUACGGAAGCUGGAAGAUCGGAACACAUUGCUUGUUGAUGAACGAAAUGAGCUGUUGAAGCGUGUCCGAGAAACUGAGAAACAAUGUAAACCUCUUCUGGAAAAGAACAAGUGCCUCACGAAGAGAAAUGAUGAACUUAUGCAGUCUUUGCAGCGCAUGGAAGAUAAACUCAAAGCAGUCACUAAAGAAAAUAUAGAAAUGAGAGAAAAAAUAACAUCACAUCCUCCUCUAAAGAAGUUAAGAUCUCUCAAUGACCUGGAUCAGGCUAAUGAGGAACAAGAAACUGAAUUUUUAAAGCUUCAGGUCAUAGAACAGCAGAACAUAAUUGAUGAGUUAACAAGGGACAGGGAGAAACUCAUUCGUCGGAGAAAGCAUAAAAGGAGCUCAAAACCAAUCAAGAGACAUGUGGUGGAUACAGUUUUUGGGUUUGAUGAUGAUUCUAUGGACUCUGAAACAUCCUCUGUGGCCUCAUAUAGAACAGACAGGACACCAGCAACCCCAGAUGAUGAUCUGGAUGAGGGUUUAGCAGCAGAAGAGUCAGAGCUGCGGUUUCGACAGUUGACAAAGGAAUACCAGGCCCUGCAGAGAGCAUAUGCACUGCUGCAGGAACAGACAGGAGGGGUCAUAGAUGCUGAAAGAGAAGCCAGGGCUCAGGAGCAACUUCAAGCUGAAGUCCAGAGGUAUAAAGCCAAAAUAGAAGAUCUGGAGAAAACUUUGGCUCAGAAAGGGCAGGACUCACACUGGGUGGAAGAUAAGCAGCUUUUCAUUAAGAGGAACCAAGAACUUCUAGACAAGAUAGAGAAAACGGAAGCCGAAAACAACCGUCUGCAACAGGAGCUGCAGGAUGCGCGAGACCAGAACGAGCUGCUGGAGUUCCGCAACCUUGAGCUGGAGGAAAGAGAGAGACGGUCCCCGCCAUUUAAUCUCCAGAUUCACCCAUUCUCAGAUGGUGUGAGUGCUCUACAGAUCUACUGCAUGAAGGAAGGGGUUAAGGAUGUCAGCAUCCCAGACCUUAUAAAGCAGUUAGACAUCCUAGGUGAUAAUGGGAAUUUAAGGAAUGAAGAGCAGGUGGCCAUAAUUCAGGCUUCCACGGUAUUGUCCUUGGCAGAAAAGUGGAUCCAGCAGAUUGAGGGAGCUGAAGCUGCUCUGCAUCAGAAGAUGAUAGAACUGGAAAGUGAUAUGGAGCAAUUUUGCAAAAUAAAAGGUUAUUUGGAGGAAGAAUUAGACUACAGGAAGCAAGCUCUUGACCAAGCAUACAUGAGGAUCCAGGAGCUUGAAGCCACCCUGUACAAUGCUUUGCAGCAAGAAACAGUGAUAAAGUUUGGGGAACUACUCACUGAAAAACAGCAGGAAGAGCUGAGGACAGCAGUAGAAAAGCUAAGACGUCAGAUGCUGAGGAAAAGCAGAGAAUAUGAUUGCCAGAUUCUUCAGGAGAGGAUGGAGCUGCUCCAGCAGGCUCAUCAGAGGAUCCGAGAUUUAGAAGAUAAAACUGACAUCCAAAAGAGACAAAUUAAGGAUCUGGAGGAAAAGUUUCUAUUUCUAUUCUUGUUCUUCUCUCUUGCCUUUAUUCUUUGGCCUUGAUGUCAAUGUGCCUCUUGGAAAGGUAAGGCUGUUUAUUUAUUUCCUCAAAGCUAGCACUUCUUGCACAGAGUGGAGGAUCCCAUCCUUGUGUGUUUUCAUGGAUGUUUGGAGUCAGUGAAUGCAGCAGGUUGUUGUCAAUUUGUAAUAGUUCACAGUAGGGGGUUGUUGUACUGCUGAGUUGCUGGUGAUAUUGUGCUUUUCAUAAUUAAAAAAAUAAAAGCUAACAAAGAAUUUCACAGUAUCCAAAAACCAAGGGAAUUGCAGGGGAAAUUCAUUGUUGAUGUUUUCAAUGAGAUGUAGAUGGAAAACAGUUAAAAUAACCUCAACCAUAAACACACUCUGAACUAACACUCAGGAAGGCAAUCAGGAUGUUAAAACAGGUUAAGGGCUCUGUGUCCAGGAGCAGGAAAAAUACAAAGGUGGUCAAGGAAGAAUGAUCAGCUGCUGAGAGACAGGAAGGGAAAGACAGAGAAAUGGAAGGAUUUUUCUGGCUCAGGAAGUAGCACUACUAAAAGGAGGUAUUGGAGAGGUCUAAAAAAUUUGUCAUAGAAUGGAGGGAUGGACGGACAGACUGCUUGCUAUUGUUCACUGUCUAAUACAAACAAUUACCAUGUGAUAAGCUUAAAGUAAACAAAAAUUUAUAGUUAAGGACACAAGUUGUAAAGAAGUCUGUCACAAUAUGCUUAGCAGCUGAAAGUUCAGAGUUGAAAAAGUAACAUGAAGAUGGGGAAAUAAAUCAGAGAACUAUAGUGGUCCCAUUUUCCUCUGUGGCUAGCCACUUCUAGAACAAGGAUGCUGGCCUAGGACAAUUUUUCUUUUGAUCCUGGAUAACAGAAGUAGACAUAGCCUAGAAAACAUAAUGUUAAAGUCUGAAAAACAUUUAAUGACAGAGCAUAAUUUUCUGAUUUGGGGACAGACUCUUACCAUUAAAUUUCUCAGUAUCUCUCAGCUCUGGCUUCAGCUGUGUCAAAGAGUAAUUCCUCUGCUCUUCACUUGAGACAAGCUGAGAUACAGUGGUGUGAAAGAUGUUCUGCCAUGCCCUUCCACCAUUUGUGCCAGAAAAAGCUCAUUCUUUUUUUCCAGAUACAGUUCAAGGCAUUGAUUGUAAUUAAAUGGCAUGGGUCUAGUUUGGUGGGUUUUCCUUUUCCCUUUAAGGAAAAGCCCCUACUUUGUGCUUCAUUUCACCUGGACCAAAGCUUUCAUUUGUAAUUUUGUGCUGAUGCAGAGAUGAUUCUCAGAAUUAUGCACAUCAACUGGAAUCCACUGCAUCCUUGCUUGGCCAGACCUCAAAAUGAAAAUGAAAAUGAAUUCCAGGGGCUGAGGCAGCAAUAUACAUGGAGUUUGGCUUGAAUGGGUAACAACCAAUAGAAAAGAAUUAGGAUAAAUGUGGACAGAUCAGUGAGCACAGCUCUUGUAAACAACAGUCAGUAACAUUAUCAAGUUGCUGCUGCUUAAAAUAUACUGCCUUGAUCCAGUGAUCAUGGAACGCAUAAAGUUACAACUGCAUACUUAAUUGUGUUCCUACUGCAGGAUUUCUGAGAAUUAUAGUACAGCGUGGUAUGGCUGUGAGAUGUUUUAAGUGGCUGUGACUGGUGAACGGUUGACUUUACAGUUUCUUGCUUAUUCGUAAUGGGGGGGGAAAAAAAAAAGAGAAAUUCUUCUGCAACAACCAAAUUAUGGACAGAAUAAUUUUAAGAAGCCAAGAUUUUCACAGUACACAGUAGUAGCAGAUAACUUUAUAUGACUGUCUUUUGCUGUACCACAGAAUCAUGAGUCCAGAACAAGCAGUCAACCUGGAGGGAGAUUCCAAAUAAAAAAGUUCUUGGAUUUAAGGUGCACCUUAAACUGCUAGUGACAUUUGCAAGAAUCUGCCUGUGUGAAUUUUUUCAAUUUCCCUGUGUUGUCGUCCUUUCCAGUUGCUAUUGCAACGAGAAUUAUGUCCUUGUGCAGCAUAUGAGAAAAACUUGGGCAAUAAGAGGUUCAGAGUCUUCUUUAUAUACAGUUUUCACCUACAUUUUCCACCAGUGUGGCUAUAGUGUUGGUUCUCUAGUGAGUACUUGCCUCUUCUAGUACAGCUACAGAAUUGGUGAGAAGCUUAUACAUCUUAGUUUUACCAAUACCAACCUCCUAAUACCAUUUGCUGGUAACACUUAGAUCCUUUUGGCCUAAUUUGAGGGCAGGUAUUAGCUGGUUAGAAAAAGCUAAUGAGAUGCUUAAGGUCAGAACUCCAUAUUUUUCUUAAGUUCUAGAGGUUUGCUAUUUUUCACAUGAAGUCAUCCUACCUCCAUGGGCUGCUGGGUCCUGUUCAGCUCUCGCUCUCCACUGAGCUGAUGCACACCUUGCUGUUGUGUUCCUAAAACAGGACUAAUAGUCAAAACAACAUAAACAUUUUGUGCUGUCUUUAGGGCUGACACAACAGUCCCAGUUGCACAAUUUUCUAGUGCAACUGAUGUCAUUGCAGGGAAAUUUACAUGGAUCCCUUAGGGACUGUGUCAAGACUUCAUUUCUUUCCCUACGCCCUUUCUCUCUCCAGCCUCCUACCUGCCAUUCUGGCCCAAUCUUCUUCAAUGGGUUUUCCUCUUGUUUUACAUAACAUCUAGGGUUUAGCAGGUGUAAAUCCAUUUGGGAUCACUUUGUUGAGCCCAGGAAGGCUGCUCUAACUACAAUGCCAAGAUGAGUUUCACUCACUGAAUUCACUGUUGCUCCGUAAUGGCUGGUCCCUGAAGCACACAGGGGUCCAGUUCCCCAUAGAGAGGACGAGAAGCAUCAGUAGGAGCUGAAAUGUGGUUUACAGCACCAGAAAGCCUGCUAGGCAGAUGUGGCACUCUUAGGAUCACCCAGGAGAUGAAAGGAUUCUUUUGCCUUUCCCUUCCUGCUUUUUCAUAUUUAGCUUUAUGAACAUCAGGUAGGGAUCAACAAGACAGAUUACGGUGAGCUGAGUGAUUGAGGAAGCAGCCACGACAGUGGUGGAGAUAACAGUGAUUUAGAGAAUCAACGUUGACUAUGAAAGUGGAAAAAUCUUACGGGUGAGGUGUGUGUGGGGGAUAUAUAAACUCAAUGCUUUUCCAGAGGAUCUGCACUGCUGUGAACUCCCUUGAACUGUAAAGACAGCUGCAGCAGGCCCAGCAUCACAACACUCAUGAUACCUGUAGAGUGUUUUACCAAGGCCAGUCACUCCACAGGUGCAAAGCAUCAAGUCUUGUAGCAGUUCCUCAAAAACAAGGUAAUGGUAAGCGCCUCAUUCCUUGCCUUCACCCCUGCAUUUUCCUCUAUGGGAUCCUCUCCCGUCCAUACCUGAGGGGAAAUCUCCAGACACAAGCAAUUUGGGAAUGGUGUUGGCAAGAUGGAGAGGGAUUUUGGCAAAGUUGUGUCUUCCGAGGCUGGAAUACAUGGAAUUGGAGAGAAUAACGAAUGUUGUUUUGUGUUGCAUUGUUUUUAAUGCAUUCACAUUAAAACACACCUGCCUACCCAGGUGAUUUAAUUCAGCACAGGUGAGCGUGGCAUGGGGGGUGUGCCAUCAGCAUUUCUUCCUACAACUAUUGAGCUAUAUAUAUUGUCAUAUAUACAAUAUACUAUAUAUAUUGCAGAAUUGCUUUACUUCCACUGGAUGCAAGUAAACUGUCUUAGCCUUAUCAUAAGGCACUUCAAACAGAUACCUGACAAAACAAACAAAAUGCCCAGCUCAUCUAGGGAGCCACGUGAUGGUGAAAAGACUUUGGUUUUGUUCAUGUCUUGGUGGAGUUUAUCCUUUACCAAUCUUCUAACCAGCAGAGAGAAAUCCACAGUGAGUUCACAGAUUAUACUUUCUGGUUUCCUUCUCACCCAGAGUGAACCCAGGACUCACUGCUGUACUGAAAUAAAAAAGGACAAGAACGUGCAAAUAAAGGAAACCAUGUGUAGCAGAUACAGUAUCCAGACCAGAAGCUAAUUCCUGUUUAUGUGGGGGUUUUCCUACCUGCAUUUUCUCUGUGCUUGUGAACAUAUGUAUUCACUUAUUUGUGAUCACAUAAGGAAGUGUGGUCUGUGUGGAUUUUGCGGCCAAUGAAUUUUACUAUGUAGGUUUGAAUGCUGAGGUAACAAAGAUAAAAUAUGCCCUUUUUUUCCUGGUCUCAAACCUCAGAACCAAAGUUCUUUUCCAUAGGAUAGGCUUUCUCAGAACAGCAGCAGUUUCUGUUUGCCUCAAUGCUGCAUUAGCCAAAAUUCCAGGCUUGCUCUGACAACCUAAGGAUAUUGGCUGCUGCCACAGCUCUUGUUAUGGGUGAAUUUUAGACAUCUUUGGUUUAAGAGUCAUUGAAACUUGUACAUACUAUAUAUGUGAAGAUGCCCAUCGGGACUUCUAUGCACCACAAGGUUGCACUUUGUGAGGUUUAAAUGGACAAGCUUAGCAAAAUACACAGAAUUCUCACAAAUGCUUUUCAUACAGACAAAACCAGUUUUACACUGAUAGCUAUAAGAAACUGACCUUUUCAGCUUCCUGAUUGAUAGAUUGUAUCUUGGCAAAGCUGGCAUAGGUAGGUAGAGGAACUUAAAAACUUACAAUUUAUCUGAUACAUAUGUUUUUUGUUUUUUGUUUUUUUUUUAAACUUUUAGAGUGCCCGACCACACAGAUAAGUCCUUAUAAAGGCAAAUGCUUCCACCCCUCGAUGAAGAGAAUAUUGUUUACAGCUAUUUUCAAAAUUAUAAAAAUGAACAACCUGUAGCCAAGACUGCAACCACCUUAUAUUUUAAAGCCAUCACUCAAAAUUUGUUACCUGACAGUUCCUGUCUAAAGCUAUGAUAUAUGCUGCAUCUAAUGAAAUCCUGUAUGUUGAAAUUACAAAAGGGGAAGAAAAAUAAACUGACAACCUACAUCACCUAGGAAGAACUUGAAGGGAAGGAACAACUUUCAGCUGAUCAAGUCAGUGUGUCUUGGGCAUGGAACCAAAGUUACAAUAGAAAAAUCUAUUCCUGCUGUGCAGGGCAAUCAUUGAAAUGUCACCCUGUCAUCUGACAAAUGGAUCAAAAAUGAACAGAUCAGAGUAGGAGAAACUCAAGAGAUGUUGACAACAAAGUGCUCGAUUUGAAGUGUGUGGCUUUCUCGCUGCAGGGACUCCUGCUCUCCCUCUUUGGUUUUAACCUCAGGAACCAAUGACAGCUGCAAUGUGGAAGGAAGAAAGGAAAAAAAAACCAAACAUGGGGUUUUUUGCAGGAUGGGCAGGACAGGUCACCAUGUUUUGUGCUUGAGAUCGUAAUACAGUACUGCCUGCCUUGGCCAAGGAAUGGAAGUCUGGCAUAAGGAGGGUUUCCAGUGGAGUUGAAGCCUUAUCUCUCUUCACCAUCCCUCCAUGAAGAACAGCAAGUCUAUUAUCAGAUACUUUUCAUACUCUUUAAAGACUGCCAUCGAGAUAAUGACUGUACUUGGUUUCACUAUAGAAUAACCACUGAGGAGCACUGAAUCGGACUUACAGAGUAGCUUCUGAGAAAGAAAAGAAAUGUUGGAGGACAGGGAGGAAAAUUAGUCCCCUUGUGCAUGUGACAUGAUUCAUAAAGCAUCAGCUUCCCACUGUUUUGUCCCAGCUUGGAAAAAAUGUUUUGGUUCAGCUUGUCAACUGACUUUUUUAGUUGGCUUCCUAAUCAAUGAUACAUAGACCAAAAAUGGGGGAGAAACUUUGUGAACACAACCUUAUUACAAAUAAUAAAUAUUGCUAGUCUGUUCAGAUUUUUCCAGUUAAGAGUAACUAAAAGUAGUUUUAAUUUCAAUGCAUUACUUACCUCUGUAAUCAGAAAGCCUGGAACCCAGCCAUGGUGCCUCCCUGAGGCCAUAGGUCCAUGCACCCAGUACUCUGUCAGAAAUGCCCCUGAGAAGCAUAAUGCCUGCAGCAACCACUGUGAGGGUCCUGUGCCAAGGGAGGCAGUGCAGCCAGCUGCACCCACCCUCCCAUUCUCACUGAUGGGCUGACAGUGCACUUCUUGGUGCCUCUGGUUUAAUUUCCUGGGGAAUGGAGUCCAGCCUGUUCAGAUUUUGGGUUCCUGUGGCAAGGCUCUGUCUUCUCCAAUGGAGCUUUAAUUUUAACUGGAAGAAAUGGAUUUCUGUACCACAAACUAGAAAAUUAAGGGCCAGGAUACAGCUUGUGCAAUACUUACACCUUCAAAGCAGGGAUCACAUGUACCAACAUCUUACGCACAUCAGAAGCUUUUAAAGUGUUUUCCAAAGAGCUUCUCCUUUGGUUGCCUGCUUACUUUUACAGAUGAAGCAGCAGAGGCACAAAGCAGUGAGGUCACUUGCCAGACCAACUCAGCACAUCAAAAACAGUUUCUUAGCCAUAGGAAGGAGGAAGUUCCUCUAGUAUCAAGGAUGCCUGCCCUCACAGACACCUUUUUUUUUUGGCCAGAAUAGCUUUUAAUCAGAAAUGUACAUUUGUCCAACUGCAUUGCAAUUUGGGGCUCAGUUUCUCCACAAAGACUGCUAACGUCUUUGUUUUUUGAGUGCCAGGAGAUAGUGUUAAGCCUUCCAUCGAAGAUUGGAAGUUAUUAGCAAGUGAUUUUUUUUUUUCCCUGCUCCUUAAAAUUAAUUUAAUUAUAGAGUGACCACAUCUUCCUGAAACAGUCUGGUUCAGCCAAGGGGUUUACUGAGUUCUGGCACCAAGCUGUAUGUUUGCUAGUUCAUUUUUUAAAGAAAUAUGCUUGUAGGUAGAUACAUUACAGGACUGCAGGCACAUCACAUGCUUUUUGUUCAAAUUCCUUUUCCCUAGCAGAAGAUUCUGUGGAAAAGGUUGACCCAAAUGUACAUGUGCUUUCCACGAGCUAGCAUCUGAGUCCUGAAGCUCUGGAGUUGGGCCCUGGAAGAGUGGUCCCACUCCUGUGACAGCUGGAGAUCACUGAGAUUAACAACAGCUUGUUAGCUACAAAGAGGGGGCUUUCUCUCUGGUUAUUCCUUCUUCCCACCUCACUUUUCUCCUCUGUUGCAGCAUCAGGUAAUUUCACAUCUUCAGGCUGUUUUCCUCAGUGUUUGGGCUGGCAGUUAAAGCACUGAGUUCUUGCAGAAGAAUGAGCAGCACGUGGUUUCAGUGAUGGUGCAAUAACUUCUAGCACUGGUUUGGUUU